AUGGAGACAAAUUGGAGGUAUUAUGAAGAACAACUGUUUUCUUGUCCAAAGUCUACCGGCAUAAAUGUUAUUUCUGACCAUGAAGAACACCAGAGGACCCAGAAUUCCUUCAACUACGCUUUAGACUGCGUUACGGCGUCUGGAAUAUCGAACUAUCUGCCGGAUUCUACUCAGUCGGAACCUGUUGCAUCCUAUGUUGAGACGGAUGGCGACCAAGCCACUCAUUCACCGACAGUUGCUGUCAGCCCUGCUGCAUCUUAUAUGGAUUUAUCUUACUAUCGAAAUGGAUUUCAAAAGCUUAACGAUUCAGAAAGUUGGGAUAUAUUGCGUUCUACAGAGCUUAUCUUGGUUAACCAUGGGGACCACACGGUUGAGCCACAGGUUGUUCCUGAUAGCAAUAUGAUGGAGUCCGGCACAAAAACCUUGAACUCAAGGCUUUCGGUGCUUUCGCCAGGCGCACUUUUGGUGCAGAGCGAUUUAAAGACCAAUGAUGCUCCAGUGUUUACCAAAGAUUGUAUGAAUGCGUGUGCAUAUCCGGACAAUUCUACGCGUUGUAAUAAUCUUCCUGCUAAUCAGAACACGCCUACUAUCCAUAGUGAGCACGUUGGGUUGCACACAGAUGAGCUGAUCCAAAAGAGGCAUUCUAUCUCUGCUCGUCAGUUGGGAUCCAUCACGGAUGUGCCGCUGCCUGCGCAGUUGGAUUUUGAUAAUACAAACAUCUGUGAGUAUCAGAACUCUCCAGUAGCUUUAGACAAAUGGCCUAAAGCUGGGAUCCAUACCGAUGACAUGCCAGGUGUUUUAGGAGCGACACAUCAUCUACACUACCGAGGGCUAAAAGGACCAGCUUCUUCAAUCAGGUCACAAGUCGAUCAGGUUUUAAUGUCACGGAGGUGGAGGUCUCCGUUGUUUCAUCGCCAUUCCGGCCGCGUGUUUCGAGUUGAACAUCCUGGCGUUUCGCAACACUGGUUAAGUCCCGACCAUAGAGGAGACAUUCAUGCCCUUGGGCGCGAACGGAAUAUGUUCCAUGUCAAUCACGUUCACUGCGACUUGAAUGAUGCACAUUGCACGCGACAUGUCCAUCAACAUGUUUCCCGUAACAACUGUCUUGCUUGUGACCGAGAGAACCAGCCCCAGCUUGAUCAGUGUGCCAAACGUAUUCUCCGUUCCGCGGCACUAUCCAAGCAUCUGAACGGGGCAGUGUCUACAACUCACAAACAAAAGCGCUUCAUAAAUGCUGAUUUUACUGGUGCGAAUGGCUCACCCUCCACGUCUGCCCGGCCGAGUAGCCACCCGUUCUCGGACUGCUCCGGCGACAGAUGGUUACAGCCUGCAUCCCAGUCAGAUGUUACUAUGAGUUACAUCCAGCAAACUUCACCUUCGGCCCUGCCCACGCAACCGACCAAUGGCGAGGUAGACGCAAACCGUACCAAACUGUACGCUGUUCCGGCUGGAAUCUCGCAAAUGCUGAAUUUUCCAUCUCCGUAUCAGUGGUUUCCUGAGCGUUCCCCUCGUUACAACUGUUAUAUCACCAUUGUGCAGCAACCCGAAGAGCAACAUCGUGCUCGUUACCAAACGGAGGGCAGCAGAGGAGCAGUGAAAGACCGAGAUGGUUCUGGUUUUCCGAUAAUUCAACUCACUGGUUGGACUGGCCAGGCCUCCCUGCAAGUGUUCGUAGCCACCGAGAGCGGACGUCCAAGGCCACAUCCACUUUACCAAGCCUAUCUGGUUGCUGGCAAAUCUACGAAAUGUUGCAUACAGGCAAUCAUGGAUGGUGUCAAUCUGAUCCAGAUGCCAUUUCCAGAAGAAAACAACAGAACUUUAAGCGUUGAAUGUGUUGGCAUCUUGAAACUUCGCAUGAGUGAUGUCGAUCAACGAAACAAAACAAAUGCCAUAUCAAAGACGAACGGUACAGCAACCUCUAGGAAGCUACUCUCUUCCACCGACACCACGCAAGCCUCUAGUUCAGCGCUUCUCGUCAAAACAACAAGUAGAAAGACUGGCAAAGCACGGUUGGUUUUCCGUGCGAUCUUGCUUCAUGAAGAAACCGGUACAUUCGACGUGGUGCAAACGGUAUCCGACCCCAUACUUUGCACUCAGUUACUCGGUGAUCCAGAAAUCAGCCGAAUUUCGCUUCACACUUGCGGUGUCAGUGGAGGCAAUGAACUGUUUAUCCUGGGAAAGAACCUCGGAAGGGACUGUCGGGUUUUCUUUCGGCAGUUAGCUGCGGAAUCAAUUCUCUCUCCUAGCUUGAAAGCCGAAGAUUCAGGAACUGAGCAACCCCAAGCUUCGCGGUCUGAUCAGCCGGUGACCAUUUGGCAUCAAGAGGCAGUAUUGGAAGCUGAAUUUUCCCAUCAGACUCACUUGGUAUGUCGAAUACCUACCUAUCAAGGCCCGUGCUUACCUCUGGUGCAGCCUGUAGAGGUCCAGGUUGUGGUUCGCUGUGACCAGCGCUGGAGCAACGCGGUCCCCUUUACCUAUCAGCCAGAAUUUCAUUGCUACCCCGCUGCACCUCCUGCGCCGUCCAAUACAGAUAGCGCAUCACAGUUGCGUUCUCCGUUUAGGCUUAGUUCCCCGCUCACCUCAGAAACACAACCACGCAGUUCAGGCAUAGUGUCCAAUGUGUCAUGUGAUCGAAGCUCCGAUGGGUCAUCAACCUCACCUUCGUUACCGCCAUUACUACCCACUGCUGACCAUCGGUUUUUUCCUCCUCUUCAAUGUACUGUGGAAAAUGUUGAGCCAGCAGAUCAAUCGGUAUUGAACGGUGCUCCCACGCUGGACACAACAUCAGUUUUGAAAAGAGAACCAUUAUGCCCGGAAACUAACUCAAACAUAUCCUCUUCUGAUUCCACAUGCCCAAUCCUGGUGUUAUCAAUCUCCUCCAACAUCAUGCCUCGGAAAACUCGCUCUGAAGUUCACAAACGUGGCUUUCUUGUGUGUUUGCAGGUCUUUGGGAAUGUGGCUCCAUUUCGUACCAUGCAUUCACAACCCCGUAGUUGUGAAUUGCUCAUAGCAGCCCAAGAAAUCUCAUUACGAUUGCCCUUCCUGCAGCAAUAUUUAUCCUCUGAAUCAUUGUCUUCCAUGCACACUCCUUAA